AUGCCUUCCGCCACCAUGAACGCUGAAGAAGUUCGUGCAGUUUGGACGUCAGACAAAGGGUCAAUGGCUAAACAGACGGCGGAGACGCGAUGGGCCAGAAUCAUUCAGGGCAUCAUCGAUGACAUUGGCGAAACAGCCGGCGCGGAGGAUGUGGACUGCCAGAAGAGGGCGGAGAGCAUCGCCAUUCAGAUUGCCCUCAAGGACAUCAAGAAAGGAAUUGAACAGAACAAGCCCCUCACACCCCUGCCAGAUGACGGUAAGCUCGAUAUUCAAGAGUGGAACAAGCAGCUGGCUGCCAUUGGCGAGUGCAGUUGGACCAACUGCCCUUGGCUCUUUGGAGAGUGCUACAUGUACAGAAGCAUCCAGAGGAUCCUAAACUCCUCAAAACACUGGCAGAACUACGAUGUUUUCAAGCGCCAGAAAGACUCUACCUUCGUCAAAUCGAGAGUCGCAGUCGAGGAGCUGGCCAGUCGUUAUAUGCAGAUCGUCGCCGAUACUCGACUCGCCCAAGAUGAGAGCAAGGAAGAGGCCAAGAAGUUGCUGUUUAUUGAAAUGACGGAGAUCGCCCUGUGGGGAAACGCCACAGACCUGUCACUCCUCGCUAACCUGACCCUGGAGGACCUGCAAAACCUGCAGGGCCGUGAGGCGAUCCAGAAAAGCCAGCGGAACAUCGUCGAUAAUGACACUGACGACGUCUGGGCCUAUCUUCAGCGCACUGCCGGUCAAACCAGUCGCCAGAUCGCCAUUGUCCUCGACAACGCUGGCUUCGAGUUCUUCACCGAUGUGCUCUAUGCCGCUUAUCUUUUGGAAGCCGGCAUUGCUACCUCUAUCAGACUGCAUACCAAGGAGUUCCCGUGGUUCGUUAGCGAUGUCAUUCCCUCGGAUGUCGAAUCGCUGUUCGCGCAUCUUGAAUCCUCUGAAUGCUUCCCAGUUCGAAAGUAUCUCGACCAACUCAUCCCGAGACUCCGCAAGCUCUUCCAGUCGGGCGCCAUCACGACCACUAGCGACCCCUUCUGGACGACGCCGUUCUCAUUCCACGAGAUGCCAUCCAAGGCACCCGCCCUCUUCAAGGAGCUCCAGAACAGCUACCUGGUCAUCUUCAAAGGCGACCUCAACUACCGCAAACUGACCAGGGAUGGGCUGUGGCCGCACACCACCACAUACGAGACGGCUCUGGGUCCCCUAGGCAAGGAGAGCGGCGUCAAAAGCUUGGCCCUUCGCACGAACAAGUCCGACGUUUGCGUUGGCAUCCCGGCCCAGAGCAAGGUUGACGCGUUAAACGAGGAGGCGCCCGGUGGUGCCUGGAUCCGGAACGGAAAGUAUGCCGUGGUAUCGUUUAAUGAGGGUCAAUGA